UCAACCUUGUUUCUCAUAACAGCACUAAGAUAUUUGAAAAGCUUUCCUCUCCCUACUUAUGACUACUGAAGACAGCUGAGUAAAGCUCAAUUAAUGGAGUUUCCAGUUGUUAGCACACACAACAUCAGCCUUUUUCCUGUGUAUACAUAUCAUGAAAAGCGAGAAAUGGGAUAGGACGAUCAGUAUGUACGUCCAGAACCAUAUGCCACAGCUCUGUCAUCUUGCUUUUAUUCCUGAUUCUGUAAGUGGAUAUGGAAUAACUAGAUUAGUUUUUAGUCUAGUAAACUGACACCACCGUAAUAAACGGAAAAGGGUUUUAUCGAAUUAAUGUUUAAGUAAGAUUUUUCCGCUUCUAUUAUUCUAACUGAAAAUAGUCUUGACAAAUCUUUGACACGUGCAUAAAUAGAACACUUGAUCUAGCACGAGCAAGAAGCUAUUUAUCCAUCGCGUCAAGAAUGCCUGCUGCAUCUUAGUAUCAUAUUCGCGUACAGACCUCGGAGAUCUAGUAAUCCCGCCUCGAGUUACCAGCGUAAUAGGCUUGAUAGUGGCCUAAUCUUCACCAGGGUGCUUUAAAGAAUUUCACUUAUUAGACGUGUAUGCAAAUUGAACUAUAGUCUCUCCAAUCUUUGAAUCAUCAGACUUGAUCGAAUACGAACUGAGCGGACACGCCAUUUUGCGGUUGUCCGUACAUAGCUGCCAGAUGGAGAAUUCCACGCAGCCUUCGCCAGAUCUAGAGUCUCCACACCCGUGGUACUGGGCAACUAGAAUGAUCAUCGCUGUGAUUACCGUUAUUGGUAACGGCGUCGUCAUCGCCGUCAUCUCUUGUUCUCGCCGCUUGAGGAAUCAACCAAACAUGUUCAUUCUUUCUCUGGCAAUCGCUGACUUUUCCGUCGGUUUGUUCAUCACACCGACGGGAUUUAUCUGUUUGCGACUCGUACAGUGCGACCCUCGCAUUCAAGCUGUGUUCUUCAAUGCGCUUCUUCACGCGUCCAUGGCAAAUCUCCUCACAUUGACUAUAGACCGUUUAUUAGCCGUCACGUACCCACUCCGGUACCGGACACUCGUAACUGGUUUCCGGAUGGCUGUGGGCGUGGCGGCCGCUUGGGUUAUACCCUUUGUCGUGUGCGCCGUCCGGCUGGCCUGGCUGUAUUCGGACAGAGAAAGUACUCGGAAUGUUGAGAAGGUAUACAAGCCAUUCAUGGAUGUUGCUCUAGGGGCGCUACCUUGCGUGAUUAUUGUGACAUCGUACGCGUAUAUUCUACUAACCGUUCAUAAGAUCCAUGUACAGACAAAAUCUCUGAUAGCCCACGUGCGUUUUAACGGUAACAACAGUCGGAUUAAUUUAGCGAGGGAAAGGGAAAGCCGAUCUCCGCUGAUCAAGUCUUCCAUUCGAGUUCUCGGUGUCGUGGUGGCGUUUUUUGUCGUCUGCUACACGUACAACAUGUACGUCUCGUUUUGUAGUGUAUAUUCACUUUGCGUUGUAUCCCAAAUCACGAAAGAUGUAUCACUUAUUUUAAUCUUCGCUAACUCGGCUGUAAACUUCUUCGUGUACGCAUUUUUAAAAACUGAUUUUCGCGAAACCCUUAAUGCCUCUCUACUAGGAAUAUUUCAGUACUGCUUCAGAGUAUAAAAUCAAAUAAACUUUAAUCUAUGCCAAAUUAA